CACAUCUUUCAGGUUCUUUACAGUGCACACCAGUGAACAGCUUGAGCUUUAGAGCAAUGAAUUACUUGUUCGGAUGGAGAAGGCUUGCCAGACUGACGUUCAUGCUGCUUUAUUUUGUCAUUGAUGUACUCUGUGCUUCCCAGCAAACAGUCCAGUCUGCGACACAGCAGGUGAAAGGCAUCUUGGGACAGUCUUUAACUUUUCCAGAGAGAGUGUUUAAAAAUGGCUAUUUAAGGUAUGGAGAAGACACUAAUGCAUGUGUGCUCAAUGGACAAAGCCAAAUAGAUCCAGAAGAGAGAUUUAAAAAUCGCCUUCACUGGGACAAUGUGACAGGAUUAUUCCGUCUGUCAGACGUACAGAUAGAAGAUGCUGGGGUUUAUUCUGUGGAGAAUAAAGAUGGAGGGAAGAGGACACUUAAAUUUAACCUCACUCUUUACUCUGUUGUUUCCAAACCUCAGGUGACAGAGUGUGACAACAGCUCCUGUAGUGUGGUGUGUUCUGUGGACAACGAAAAAGAGGUGACUUUGACCUUGUACCUGGGAGAGGAAAAACUCAACCAGACCAGCAGUCGUGAUCUUACCACCAACCUCCGUUUGGAGGUAGAGGGAAAGGACUACAACUCUGCCUACAGCUGUGUGGCUGCCAACCCUGUCAGCAACAAGACAGCGCUUGUCCCAAAAUGUUGCAGUGAAGAUGGUCAUCACAAACAGACAGACAGUGAUGAGAUGACUCGGGGUAUGCUUAUUAUUGCUGUAAUCUGUGUUUUGGUUGUCUUGGGGCUGGUUGGACUUGCUAUCUAUCUAAAGAAGAGGGGAAAUGAACACUCACAAGGCAGGUAUUUAUCUUUUAGAGGUGUAAGGUCAGUCAAAACAUGUCAUAAUCAGCUUUUUUUUAAAUCAAGGAUUUUGGAAAAGGUAGGAACUGUUUGCUUGAACACAGGAUGCAGGUCAAAUAAAGUGGCACACUUCCUCUGCUUGGUCAGACAGUGUUAUUAUCUCAGACCUGUCUGAUACACUUCUCUAAAUGUUGAAAAAGGAGAAAGCACACACACGAACACACUCUGACAUUACUUUAUAGAUUGGCUUCCAUGGCGCAAAAAAGAACGCUAGCAGAGAGACAGGUACCCAUGCUAACAUGAGUCCUGAGUGUUUGCGGAACCUGUCCUGGGGGGUGAGCAUCUGUCUGUCUCUGUCAGUUAGUCACACCCUCGCCUUGUAUUUACUUUCCUUUAUUUGUCUUCAUAGAUUCAUCCGAAAGAGUGCAAGUUGACAUUGAGUAUGCAACGAUUACUUACAAAGAACAAACUGAUAACCAGGAGGAGCGAACAGGUAUACCAGAACUGGAGUCAUGUAGAGACAACCCUGAACUGACAUCAGUUUAUGAUACACUCCUGUUAUAUCGCAUGGCUGCCAGCGGGGAUGUUGAUACAGCAUGAAGGAGCAAAAUGGGAAGUCACUGAGUAGCCGACAUGACAACACACAUCCUGGAGAGGAUGCUAUAUCAUAAAGAGGACGUUGAAACAAAAUGAAAGUAAAACAAUAUUCACCCAGAAAACCUUUUAGAGGCACAGUUGUUAUGGGAGAACAUUUCCCUGGAACUGUUGCGCUGAUGUUAUACUUUCAGGCUUUCUUUGUAGGUCAUUCUCACAGACCUUCUGUCAAAUAGAGGCCUUGAUGACAUCAAUGAUACGGACCAAUUAAAUAGUUAUGCAUUGAGUUAGUAGCAGGAUCAGGAUAAUCCUUCUUUUUAAAUGACUUUUGUCCCAAAUCCCAAUUUAUAGGUUACAACAAA